UUUAUCUUUGAUUUUCACAGGAUAUCAACGAUGAGAGUGUUGGUGGCGCUGGUGGUGGUGGUGGUGGUGGUGGAGGAGUGUAGGGGUCAGGUGCUCGACAUCCCUCGCUUCAAUGACGUCGAGAAGAAACAAUACCUCAAUGACCUCAACAGUGUCGUCGACUGUCUCGUCGGUACCCGGACUGACUGUCAUCCCUUCACUGCUAGAGUUCGAAACCUCCUUCCAGAACUAGUCCAAAACGACUUCAAAUGCAACUGCCCGUCCCAACCCGACAUCGACCUCUUCAGGCGCGAGCUCAGCAAACCCCAGAACUCCGCCGCCUACCGCAAGCUGUCUGCCGCGCUGGCCGAACAUGUAUAGUGAUCGCCUCUACGCUCACCAACCCCUCUAACCUGCCCUCCAUCAUGCAUAAAACACUAUAUACACUAACAAUUAUGACUACACAAAUCUACAGUUAUUGUCCAUGUCACAACCUAUGUAAUAUACUUGUUAUAUACUAAGUUAUUGUAAGUAAUUUAGGUAUAUUAUGGCAGGAACAAUUGUACACCAACAGGAGUGAAUGUACUAUGUCUAACAUGCUGUAGGACUUCUCUGUCUCUGCCACCACAGACAACUCAAGUGAACUUGCUGCAGAGUCCCAUAAGGCUCUGCUACUCCCACUCUACUGUAUUGCUUCAAGUCAAAUAAAUGUAUUGAAAGUCUCA